AUGAGCCGUCCACUUCCAACAACGAAUAACAACCAUGACCAUACGCAACACAGCAGUACGUUUAAGGUGAUGUUACUUGGGGAUAGUGGUGUGGGUAAAACAUGUUUAUUGGUACGCUUUAAAGAUGACACGUUUCUGUCUGGAAGUUUUAUUGCAACAGUUGGCAUUGAUUUCCGUAACAAAACAAUGGUGAUUAAUGAUAAACAAGUCAAAUUGCAGAUUUAUGACACAGCCGGUCAAGAACGUUUUCGUUCUGUAACUCAUUCUUAUUAUCGUGAUGCCAAUGCGCUACUCUUACUCUAUGAUGUCACAUCUAUAACCAGUUUUAAUAACGUUCGUGCUUGGUUAAGUGACAUUCAUGAAUACGCUCAUUCCGGUGUGAUUGUUAUGUUAAUAGCUAAUAAAGUUGAUCGAGCAGCGGAACGUGUGGUAACACGUGAAAUGGGUGAAAAGUUAGCGGGUGAAUAUGACGUGACAUAUUUGGAAACAUCUGCGAAAACUGGUUUGAAUGUUGAAGUUUGUUUUAAAGCUAUUGGUCAAGCACUUCUUCAACAACUAGACUCAUCUAUUGCCAACGGUGAAAGUCCUUCUCAAACAUUAACAAAUCUCGUACAAUUGAAUGAUCAAUCGCAAAGACAACCUCUAUGUUGUUCAUAUUCUUAG